AUGCCUGCUGCACGGGGCAGCCCGCUGGAUCUUGGCGCAGCCCACCCCUGGUGGAGCAAGGCGCUGAUGCUGACGCAGUUCGGCGUGAUAUCGUUGGUUGCGUUGCUUCUGCAUGGUUGCAGCGUCAGCGGCGAUGAUUCUGCGCUUGCCACGAGCGAGUGUCCAUCCGUUUACGGUGAGGGCAAAACUUAUUGCCCCCAAGGUUACAGCUAUGAGAUCGUGUCGGAGAGUUUCGCGACUACUAUCGCGUACUGCAUCAGGAACACGUCCACCGUCGAAGCUACAAGGGCCGAUACGACUAUCGAUGUAACGGGUGACGAGUAUUACGGUACAGAUACAAUCGACACGAUCGGAUCUGGAACUGCUGGCAAUUGCCAGUGGUGCAGUGCGAAUCAAAUUUCGGCUCCAGAGCAGAACGGGGCUGGUGCUUGCUGGACGCCAUAUUUCGACGCCCAGGCGGAAUGUCCUGAGCAAUACCCUUUUGCAUCUGGUGCAAACAACGCAUGGUGUUCGAAAAGCCAGAAUUUAGGUAUCGUCGACGCUGUUUACUAUCGCGGACUGCUGGGUGGCUCCUGGCAUUGCUGCAAAGAGCAAGACUGGAAUGUGGGUACUUCAUAUUGCGAUAAUCCAUACCUGUGUGAGCAGGGCACGUCGGCAACAGCGGGUACUUUCACAGAGGAGUAUCAGAUGGCGGUUACGUGCGGCAAAGCGCCUUGCGCGACUCAUGGUUUCGUUUGA